AAUGCCUGCUUCAAUUGCAGCGGCUGCUGAUACAGAAGGGGACCAGAAGCAGCAGCAAAGUCUUGUGAGCAACAGGAUUUCUAUUCCAGUUUCGGCUUGUAUUUCCCCAUAAGGUUUCCCGUUACACUUUAACCAUGGGAUUUGGCUCCCUCACUGCCAUCUGCAGCAUCACACAUGUCUUCUUCCCUUGUGUGGGAAUAACAGUUCUGCUGCAUCUUUCUUUGUCAUCCAACGUUGAUGUGAAAGAUACGAUGACUUUUAGUGGUCCUGUGGAAGACAUGUUUGGAUACAGUGUGCAGCAAUUUGAAAAUGAAGAGGGAAAAUGGGUUCUUAUUGGUUCUCCUUUGGCUGGUCAGCCCCAAAAGAAAACAGGUGAUGUCUAUAAAUGCCCUGUAGGACAGGGUAAUGGUUUGCCAUGUGUAAAAUUAAAUCUGCCAGCCGACACUUCAAUUCCUCAAGUUACAGAAGUAAAGGAGAAUAUGACUCUUGGGUCAACCUUAGUGACAAAUCCUAAAGGAGGGUUUUUGGCAUGUGGACCUCUUUAUGCUUAUAAAUGUGGACAUUCCUAUUACACCACUGGUAUCUGCUCCAACGUUAGUUCCAAUUUUGAAGUUGUAAAUUCCAUUGCUCCAUUGCGAGAAUGCAAGUCCCGGUUGGAUAUUGUCUUUGUUCUUGAUGGAUCUAACAGUAUUUUUGAAUGGAAAGAUGUCACCAAUUUUUUGAAGCGAAUACUGCAAAAUAUGAGUAUAGGCCCCCAUGAUACACAGGUUGGGAUCGUUCAAUAUGGUGAAAAUGUAACCCAUGAAUUUUAUCUCAAUGCAUAUUCAACCACAGAAGAGGUACUUGAAGCAGCAGGCAAAAUUAAGCAGAGAGAAGGAUUUGAGACCAUGACAGCUCUUGGCAUUGAGACGGCAAGGAAUGAAGCAUUUACAAAAGCUCAUGGGGCCCGCCCAGGGGUUCAAAAAGUCAUGGUAGUUGUGACUGAUGGAGAAUCUCAUGACAAUUACCGAUUACAAAAAGUGAUUGAUGAUUGUGAAAAAGACAACAUACAGAGAUUUUCUAUUGCUAUUCUUGGCUCCUAUAACAGAGGGAAUCGAAACCCUGAGAAAUUAGUGGAGGAAAUCAAAUCCAUUGCAAGCAAGCCAACUGAAAAGCAUUUCUUUAAUGUCUCAAAUGAAGUAGCUCUCCUUACAAUUGUUGAAGCUCUUGGAGAAAGAAUAUUUGCUUUGGAAGCUACCAAUGAUCAACAGGCAGCUUCUUUUGAAAUGGAAAUGUCUCAAGUUGGCUUCAGUGCCCAUUAUUCUCAGGACUGGAUCAUGCUUGGAGCAGUUGGGGCAUAUGACUGGAACGGGACGGUAGUCAUGUUAAAGGACAAAAAUUUUCUAACACCAGCAAGUAACGCAUUUGAUGAUAGCUUUUCAGAAAGAAACGAAAGCCUUGCAGCAUACUUAGGUUAUGCAGUCAAUUCAGCUUCUGUACCUGGAGAUCUGCUAUACAUUGCAGGGCAACCUCGUUAUAAUCACACCGGGCAAGUUAUCAUAUAUAGAAUGAAGGACACUGAAAUAGAAAUACUUCAGAAAUUAAGUGGUGAACAGAUUGGAUCGUAUUAUGGAAGUGUUAUCACAACAAUUGAUAUUGACAAGGAUACAUAUACAGAUCUUCUUCUGGUGGGAGCACCUAUGUACAUGGGGACCGAGAAAGAAGAACAAGGCAAGGUGUACAUUUAUUCUUUAAACAAGAAAACCUUUGAAUAUCAGAUGACACUUGAGCCUAUAAAACAGACUUGCUGUUUGGUGCACAAGGAGAAGGAUUGCACAAAUCACAACAAAAAUGAGCCAUGUGGAGCUCGUUUUGGGACAUCAAUUGCUCCCGUAAAGGAUCUCAAUCUUGAUGGUUUCAAUGAUAUUGUCAUAGGUGCUCCUCUAGAAGAUGAUCAUCGAGGGGCUGUGUAUGUUUAUCAUGGAAAUGGGAAGAGCAUAAAGAAAGAAUAUGCCCAGCGUAUUGCUUCUGGUGGAGAUGGGGAAAAGAUGAAAUUUUUUGGACAGUCAAUACAUGGUGAAAUGGAUUUAAAUGGAGAUGGUCUUACAGAUGUUACUAUUGGAGGCUUAGGAGGAGCAGCCCUUUUCUGGUCUCGAGAUGUUGCCCAAGUAAAUGCGUCCAUGAAAUUCAUGCCCAACAAAAUUGAUAUUCAGAAGCUCAGUAGUGACAUGCAAAAACAAAAGGUGUAUAUUAACUCCACAAUUUGUUUUCAAGUCAGAUUAAAGUCGAAAGACACCACAAUUAAUGAAACAGAUAUACAGUACUGGCUUACACUUGAUUCACAAAGAAAGGUGUCUCGAACACUUUUUGCUGAAACAAAUGAACGGAGGAUUCAAAAAAACAUCACAGUUAGAGGUUCAGAAUGCAUUAAGCACAACUUCUACAUGUUGGGCAAGCCUGACUUUCGUGACCCUAUAAAGGUUUUGCUGGAGUUUAAUUUUUCUGACCCCGAGAGCGGACCAAUCCUUGACAGUGAGCUACCCAAUUCAGUAGCUGAAUAUAUCCAUUUCACAAAAGAUUGUGGAAACAAGAACAAAUGUAUCACUGAUCUACAGCUGACUGCUAACGCAACCAUUGGAGGAAGCAGUUUAUCUCCAUUCAUCAUCAAACAGAAUAAUUUGAAAUUCUGGGUCCAAAUGUUGGUCAGAAAUAAAAAAGAUAGCGCUUACAAUACGAGAGUCUAUGUGCAACAUUCUCCAAAUAUUAUUUUUUCUGGACUUGAGAAAAUACCAAAAGACAGCUGUGAUACGGGGCAGAACAUCACUUGUAAAGUAGGCUAUCCCUUCCUGUCUCCCAAGGAGGAGAUUUACUUCGAAAUAGCAGUCCAGUUCAAUGUGUCGCAUCUCCUGGAAAAUACAACAAUUCACUUUUCUGUUACAAGAAGAGAAUCUAGUCCGCAUCACAUCAUCAUCGCUGCAAAUGACACAAUACCUGCAGUCAUUAAUUCUACUGACAAUAUUGGAGAAGAAAUUAAUAUAAACUACUUGAUUGAGAAAGGAGAACAUUUCUUACAGCCACAGCUUGCAUUGCAAAUCUCAUUUCCAAAGAAUAUUUCAGUUGAAAAUCAAAUCCUUUACUUCACCAGGAUAUCAUACUCAGAGAAUGCAAAAUGCCAAUCCAGCCACCCAAGUGAUUUGUUAAAGAUUGACAUGGGCAAACCAUUCAAAACAUCAAAGAUACAAGAACCUCUAAAGGAUCCCAACAUAAAUUGUGAUGGAUAUGAUUGUGCAUCCAUUAAUUGCACUAUAGCACCUUCGAAUAUAACUCACGUGAAUAUUUCAUUCAGACUCUGGAAGCCUACUUUCAUAACGGCAAAAAUUCACAGCAUAGAACUCAUUGUGAAAGCAAGUCUAAGGAGUGAAAACUCAUUAAUGAUCUUGAAGAAAGAAAAUGAAAAAAUAGAGACAAUAAUUCAAAUCUCAAAGGAGCUUCUUCCUGGCCAUGUGCCAUUAUGGGUCAUUCUACUGAGUGUUUUUGCUGGACUCCUGAUUCUUACCUUGCUUAUAUUUGCAUUAUGGAAGGCUGGGUUUUUCAACAGGCCCUUAAGAAAGAAAAUGGAGAAAUGAGGAGAAACUCCAGAAAAAGAAAAAGAAAACUCUUAACAGUUCUUCAACGAACUGUCCUUUGGUGGACUUCUGAGAUAUGACUAUAAAUCCAAUCCUUGGUUCAAUGUAAGAAAAGAAGUUUUUCACAGAAGUUUUAUUUCAAGCAACACUUUAUGCUGAGCAAUAAAGGAAACAAAAAGAAGAAGAAAACCAACAAACCAAAGAUAGAAAAGAUAAUUCUGGAAUGAAAGCUUCUCUUUUCUUUUCCUUUUCUUUUUUUUAUAGGUGAGCAGGACCGAAAAAUCUGUGCAACUUGUUCUGAACUUGGAACUUUUUUCUCAGAUACCUUUAUGGAUAUACAAGCAACUUUGAAGUCAAGGUGUAUUCAAAACUAGGGACAGAGCAUGAGACAAUUUACUCCUCAGAUUCUAUCCUUAUUUUUAAUAUUGUCACUUAUUUUUUAGAGCACAAUCCACAGGUUUUUUUAUCUCAAAUGUAUGCACAGGGACAUAUAUCCUGCUGAAUUGAAUCUGAAGAUUUCAAACAGUGUCUGAUAUGCAUAAACAUCUGCAACUUUGAUUUAUCACCAUUCUUACAUGGCCAAGAAGCCCAUAUUCAAAGCUGAGUAUGCUACUGAUUUGGGAAACAUUUAUCCAGGAGGAAAAACACCGUUCAGAAAUUAGCAACGGCACCAUAAAACUUCACAGAGGUGUUAUCUAUCACCCAUCGGAUGGAAUUCCCCGCCUUGUGUAUAACUCUAGAAAAAUUAUUACUUCAUGGCUAAGAUCAUAUUUGUAAUCGGAGAACCUCAAGUACAAUCCUUGAUAUUUACAAUUUCAGAGGGGAAAAAUGUGCAUCCAAAAAACUGAAAACUUGCUAUAUAUCACUAACGCUAAGAUAUCAGAAAAGAUAUCAGAAAAGUUAUAUUUCUCAUAAAUUAAAAGUGUGUGGGUCCUAUAAGUUAGUUUACAUCUAGAAAUAGAAACUUUUAACCAUUUUGUGCAGUUAAAAAAAUGAAAGACUUUUUUCACAGCGAAGGGGUGAAUUUGAAAGCAGAUGCCAUUCCUUCACAUAGCUUCCCCUUAUGACUGAAAUAAAUCAUAAGACUACAUUAGAAUCAUGCAUCACUGAACCAUUUUAUUUCUCCAAGGUGUAUAUCCUCAGUAAUGUUUUCAGGUACGGUAUGUAUUGACCACCAGGAGGCAGUACAAUACUGGUUUUCUAAUAAAGAUAAAAUCCACAGCACACUGCCUCCUGGUGAUCAAUGUAAUAGAAUAAGAAUAGCUAUCUGCACAGAUGAUUACUGCUUUCUCAUUAUUAAUGAUGAAUCCUUGAAAAAUCAUUUGCUUUAUAUUUAGUGGAAAAUGUGAAAAAAUGAUUUUUUUCCUGAAAAUGUUAAAUCAUAGUUCUUUAAUUUAUUACAGACAGAAUAUGGAUCUUCAUGCAAAUCACUAAUGCUUGAAAAUUGCUUGAUUGUUAGCAGAAAAAUAAGAUUUUUUUUGCCUUCAAAUCAGUGACUACAUGGAGAAGUCCAAGCAGUUUUCCAGACAGAAGUUUAUGGCCUUCUUCCCAAGGCUGAGAGGGGGUAACUAGCAGGUCCCAGGCAAAAUUAGAAUUCAAAUUUCCCUGCUCAAUUUUUUUUCUCACCAGCAGACCACUGUAAUGUGAUACACUAUAAUACGGCAGUGUUGCAAAUGCUUUUGACAAAAAAUUCAACAUGACAUGACCAUCAUAGAUGCUAUGAGUGCAUUUACCUAAUGAUUUAUAUUCAUUAUUUUCUUCAGAUGCUUUUUGUUGCUGUUUUAGCCACCGUGUUUUUCCUCACUGAAAGGGUUGAUUGGUAUCAACCCUUUUCAAAUAUUACACAAAUGUUUGAACUUUAUACUGGUGCUCAUAAAUUCUGUAAUUCUAUUGUGAAUUGUACAAUCUUCCCAUAUCCAUCUGCUACUAUAUGUAAUUUAAAUAUUUGUUCAAAUAGACUUUUAGAAUAGCUACAGUUAUUUAUGUUAAAUAUUAACAUUUUAUCAAUCCACUGGAAUUUUUGAAACGUUAUGCUGAACAAUUGUUGUACAUAAACAGACUAUUAUGAUUUUUUUUAAAAAAAAAUCAAAAUCUGAAAAAAUCUGAAGACUUAUUAUUGGAGGAUUACACAGCAAUGGCAAUAAAAAAUGACCCAUAUUGGGAAUGAUGCGAAUCAUGAAAUUGAUAGAAUAGGAUUUCCUCACAAGUACAGUUUCAUUUGGAUGGAUAUUGGAGUUUCUGGAGCUUUUAUUUCAAAUAUUUCAGUAUUUCAAAUAUCCAAUUUUAAAUGCAUUAUAAGCAAUAAAAAUUCAGAUUGAGAUUGGAAUAAAGCAAGGUAUCCUGUAGAACAAUUUUCAGCCGCAUGGACUUCAAUUCCCAGAACUCUCCAGCCAGCAAGGGAACUGUUUAAGUUUCAUCUACAAUAGAUCCCUUACCUGUGACACAAUUGGAGGCGAGUGGCGAGCAAUUGAGCAAAACCAAAACCAUCCUCCCCCUCCCCCCAGUCUGUGGAAAAUUUGUCUUCCAUUAAACCAGUCCCUUGUGCCAAAAGGGUUGAUACACACUGAUAUACAAAGUGUUUGCACUGUUUUCCCUACUGAAAAGAUAAACAACAUUGUAUUUCCCUUUUCAAGAAUUGUUGUUGUUAACUGCAAAGUUAUGUCCGACCUGUUGUGACACCAUGGCCUUCCUGUUCUCUACCAUCCUCUGUCCAUUUAAGCUCACACCUUCUGCUUCAGUGACUCCAUCCAGCCACCU